AUGAAGCAGAACACAAAUCUCAGACAACUAUGCCAAAUUUUAAUGUUAACAAUAGUAUUUGCAUCGGUUGAAUCCUUUUCUACAUCACUAGCCGGUUGCAAAAACACAUGUGGACAUGUCAAAGUUCCAUUUCCAUUUGGAAUAUCAAAUUCAUCAAUACCAAAUCAAGGACCAUGUUUCCUAGAGGAAAAAUUCGAACUCACUUGUGAAAAUGACACAAAAUUAGUCUGGGGCAAUUUACAAGUUUCCAACAUAAGUAUCAUCGUAGGACAAGUCGAAGUGUGGUUUUUUGUGUCCAGUUAUUGCGAUAGUAAAAAUAACUAUUAUUCCACUUUAGAAACUGACGGGUUCAGCAUAUCGCGCAAAGAAAACAAGUUCUUAACAGUUGGUUGUGAUAGUUACGGUUAUCUUAACAGCGUUUACAACCAAGAAACAUAUUCGACUGGUUGCUUAACUAGAUGUAACGGUAAUCGAAAAAGAAUUGAAAACGGAACAUGUUCAGGUAUUGGUUGCUGUCAAGUUGAUAUUCCUCCUAUGAUGAGGAAUAUAAGUAUACAAGCUUUUGAUUUUGAUAAUUCCACAGAACGUGCAGGGUGUAGCAAUUCAUUCGUUGUUAAAAAUGGAUUUUAUAAUUUUAAUGUUUCUCACUUGGAUAAAUUUCCACAUACGGAGCUUCCAUUGAUUCUUGAUUGGAGUGUUGGAAGUAAGAAUUGUAAGUCUUCAAAGGGUGAACAUGAUUAUGCUUGCAAGAAGAAUAGCGAUUGCAUUGAAGUCAAGAAUAUUGGUUUUGGUUACCAAUGUAAAUGUAAGAAAGGUUAUGAAGGAAACCCGUAUCAUCCAGAUGGCUGCAAAGGUAAUUUAAUUCAUCCUUUACGUAUAUUAUUUUUGUUGACAAUAUCAUCUUCUAGAGUAUGUAAAACCUAAAUCACACACAUGCAGACGUUGACGAAUGUAAGACAUCGAAUCACACAUG